CGAAAAGCUGGAACCAAUUAUGAUGUGAUAACACGUUUGACUUAUUUUUUCGUGUGACGAAUAGGUGACGUUAUGGGAAUCGGUAAGUACGAGAUUGGGACAUUCAGCCGAUGACUCGAUUGCUGCAUUCGGAUGGAACUGGUUAACAUGCCUCCGAGUCAACGUACGAGCUGAAUUUGGCUGAGCCCGUCAGGUGGUUGCAAUUUAUUAUCGUGUUUUCUUUUCUUUUUUUUUCCGUUUCCAGCAGGGGCGGAGUUUCUAAAUUCGCCUCGGGUAGUGCCGGUUUUUUCUCUACCUGGACCAACCUUCAACAGAACCAGAACUGCGUAGUUAGAGGGUCCCCAAUUCAGUUGGGUCGAGAAAUCUCCCUAGUUGUGUUUGAGCACGAGACCUUGUUGGAUCAGCACAUCGAUUGAGUGUUUCCGCCGAGUGUUAUCUCUGAAAAGAAGAAGAAGACAAAUUUCACAGUGAUCGACCUCUUCCUUCUAACCUUGGUGUAAACGAUUGAAGACCUACAAGUUUCGAUUCCAAAUUCGUGAAGGAACGACCGUGUCCUACCCGAUUUGAAAUGGCCACCAAACUAAAGGCGAUGAUUCCUCCUGGUACAGUUACUCAACGACCUCGUCGAGAUGAUGGACAAAAUUUAAUCCGGAAAUCCGUCCGCACAUCUCGUCGGCCUAAAUUUUCCAUCCGCUCGAAAAAAUCAACUCAGAAAAAGUCGACAAAAUGCAGCAAAGCGGAUCACAUUUCAUCGUCGAACCCACCGGCUUGGGACGCAUUCGAGCAAGCCGAUCCGGCAUCCGGUGAAACCGGCAAGAAAUCCAAGAAGUCCAAAAAGAAGAGGAUAUCAUUCAAGAUUGUCAGGAAAGCUGGGCAGAGGAUCGAGUGGCUGCUGAAGAAAGGAGCCAAAUACUUUGGGAUCGCUAUUAUUAAGGUCUUCAAUCAACCCGGACUGUACACGGAAGAAUCUCGUACGUGCGUCUGCUAAAUUGAGAAAUGCCUAACGACAAAGAAAAACAAGUCUCUUCGGUUUUGAUGAGAUUGGAGACGACGGUCUGUACAGAAUUGCUAAUUUCUUCUCUCUCUUCCUGAUUUUCUAAGUAUGUUUUUUAUUCUAACCCAUACAGCACGAAAUCUUGUCAGGAUUUUCGAUGCCCAUCAAUCAGUUUGAUUGAAGAUUCUGUUUUUUUUUUUCGCUAAACUGUUGUGAAUUAUCCUCCUAAAAUGUGUUGAAUUGCCUUGUGAAUUAUGCGUCCGUGUUCUUCCCUUUUUCCAAACGAAAACACAAACACAAUUGACGACGACAUUCUUUUUCGCCCUUUUUCUGAAUGAGGAUUCCACUUUUAUGCCAAUGGUUUCCUCAAACCAUUUUGUUUUUUUCAACAUGUGUCCAGUUUAAAUAUUUCCGAUUGGUCGGAUUGUGUUAUGAUAUCCUUGUCGUCGAGAUUUUUAAGGAAAAGGGAACAAAUUUUAAAAUACAAUUCAAAUAAUAACAA